AGGACCAGAGCCGCCAAGAUGAUCCAAUUAAAGUCAAUAAUCAACUGCAUCGACAACUCGGGCGCUGCCCUCGUCGAGUGCGCCAUGGUCGUCGGACGGAAAGGCGCCGCACGCAUCGGCGACCGAAUCGUCGUAGUCGUCCAGAAAGACCGCGGCAACGCCGACAGCGUGGGCGUCUCGCAAGCCAACAAAGUCCGCCGAGGCGACAUGCGCCACGCCGUCAUCGUCCGCACGAAAUACAAGACCCAGCGCCGCGACGGCUCCGUCAUCCGCUUCGACGACAACGCCUGCGUCCUCAUCAACAAGGCCGGCGACCCUGUCGGUACCCGCAUCAACGGCGUCGUGGCAGAGGAACUGAGGAGGAAGAAAUGGAGCAAGAUCUUGUCCAUGGCCCCUAUGCAUGCGUAGACGCAUACGCGAAGAAGGGCUCGCGAAGAUUAUUUGAGACAUCUCAGCAGCGGCAGUCGUGGAAGCAAAACGAGAAGAAGCAUACCCUGUAAUGUGUAAGAGGAGGAACAGGAUCCGACCAAGAAAACACCUAGUCCGAGUCCAUCACGACGACGGAUGUGUACAAUACGUUUCUCUUUCUUUCUUUGCGUGAGCCGGCGUUUACCGGUUGGGAAGUGGAUGACCGGGCACAUCUACUUGUUUGGGGGCCCGUUGUACAAUUCAGCAGAGAAGAAACAUGGAACUCGUGGAUAGUAGGAAAAGAAUAUCGAAACAACACCCACCAACAUCACCA